AUCCUUUCACUGUAAUAAAUCAUCGUCAUGAGGAUGACUACAUGUUGACUCUUGAGUCCUGGCAAGUCUUUGAAAUUGGGAUGGUCUUGGGGAACCCUGACAUACCUGGGGAAAAAAAGAGGACAUUAAUGUAAACAUUGGGAAAGUGCAAAUAAAGUUUGGAGUUUAGUUAAUAGCAAUGAGCCAAUGUUAGUUUCUUAGUUUUGACAAACGUAUCAUGGAACCAUAAGAUCUUAACAAUAGGAGAAACAGGAUGAGGGGUAAAUGAGAACUCUCUAUACUAUCUUUGUAACUUUUUUGUAAAUUUAAAAUUAUUCCAAAAUAAAAAAAAUUAUUUUAAAAAAUAACACAAAAUGCUUUGGAAAUUCAUGGAAAAGAAUAUACCAUUCAUCAGAGAAAGAGGGAGAGAUUAUCCAACUGAAACACAAAGAAAAAAAUGAGGAGGGGGGAUGAGAGUGCUUUAUUUACUAUAGCCAGAGGGGCAGAUGAUAGUUAAAAAAAAAAAAAAAAAAAAUUAAACUCAGGACCUGACUCUGAGAGUUGCAGAAUUUAGAAGAAGGUUGAAUUCAGAAACCCACCGCAUAUCUCCUAAAUUAAAGUCAGGGCUCCGAAGGGAGAAGACUGAGACCCUGACACCCUAAGACCUAGGAUGGAGAUACCUGGGUGGAUACUCUUGAGAAAUUUUAGUGGAUAGAUUAACCUUAGUCCUCUGGACUAGGGACACUCACCCUUGCUACAGAAUAGUGACCUCGUUUUGAAGACCACACAGAAGUCUCACCUUAUGAAGAUGCCUUCCAAGAUGUUAGAUUCCCUUUUUGAGAUUUGCCUCAACCAUCUCCAGUGUUUCUAGACCAGUAACUAGGGUCAGCUCUCAUUAUGGUCUUACUGGGGAAGUACUGUCCCUGUUUUGAAAGAAAAAGGAUUCUUCACCAAACAUUUACUGGCAGAACUGGAAGAACACACAUGGCUGGGGAUGGAUUUGGUAUAUGCUCAGGGAAAGUGGUCUGAGGUCAGGAUAUUAUAUAUUUGUUGAGUGUAAACCCAAAAUAACCAAGAAAACUAAAGUACUGAAUUGAACUGAAAUUGAUAAGAUCAUUUUCUGUUAUCAGGGAGCCCCUGUUAGGGGCCUCAAAAGAGGCUGCAUUAUAGAAAAAUGAAAAAGUUGCAUUUCUUUACGCACCAGAAUUUGUGAGCAGUCACGAACGUAUCUUUUAAUUCCUCAAUAACUUCAUUAGGUGAAGUAGCAACAGACAAUCUUUGUAUCCUCUCGUUUCUAACACAGUCUGGCUCUUAGUGACCAUUAGGAAAUUUGUUAAUUGGAGGAAUUCACAAAGAGACUGAGGACACCCAGAGAAAGAUAAAUACCUAUAGAUUCUUGGAUAUGCUUGCUCUUAAAGAUGCAGAGGACUGUCUUUAAAAUGUUAAUGCUUUCCACUGCUAAUCCUCAGCCCUGUGCUCCUUCCUGUCUCAACACGAGCUCCUCUACAGUACCUCUUCUAAUGGCUUUCAAGUGCUGCCAUAGCCUCCGAAACUGUUCUGCCAGGGUCUGCUUCUUUAAAUACAUCAUGCAUGCUGAUGUCAGAUUACUAUCCAGGAACUCUCUUUCGCAUGUUACUCUGCUGCUCAAAAUCAUUAAAUGAGUAUUUAGUGUCUUAUAGGCUAAAAUUAAAAUCUUAGCUUCUUUAAGGCUCUUACAAAUCUAUUUCCUCUUUACCUAGUUUUCCCUUCCAACACUAAGUCUUAAUCCUAGACAAAUCCAUCUACAGAGUCUCCAAACAUAUCUUUAAUAUCCUAAAUUCAGUUUUUGAAAACCAGCACAAAUGUUUAUUUGUGCACCUAUCUUUAUAGUAUGUGCAACCACUGUUCUGAAGUAUUCCAUGUGCACGGAUUCACUCUUCUAUACAUCCUCUUUAUACUAAAGGUUGUAAAAUGGUUUUGUUUGACCCAUUGUUAAAAUGUGAAAGUAAUUCUAAACAUUUUAAAAUCAUUUAAGUUCUAGUGGGGCCCACACUGCAACAAAUGGCUAAAGUUUACUAGCAGCUGCCAUCUUUAGAUAUGUACUGUUCAGUUGGAUAGUCACAAGUACAUUCGAAAAGUACUUAUUGAGCACCCAUUACUUGCCAGACACUGUAUUGGAUGCUGGGGAUAAUGCAGUCAACAAAACUGGUAACGGAGUUUGUAUUCUAAAGAGGAGAGACAGAAAACAUAGUAAUUACGUAAAUUAUUAGAAAGUGAUAAAUGCUACAGAGAAAGAAAGCAGGGGUACGAGGGAUAGGGAGUGUGUGGUUGGGAAGCAUGCUUGCACUUUUACAUUCACCUAAGUAUCUGGCUGGCUCCUAUGGAUAUUUGAGUUUGUGACCCCUCUAUUAGGAUCGUAAUACACGGUCUUGUGUAAGCUAUACACUAGCCCUACAAAACUGUCUGCAACUUGAAAACAGGGAGUGUGUGCCUCAUUCGUCUUUGGAUUCCCAGAGUCAAGCAGUGUGAUCACGUGUUCAGAGAACACGAUGGAAAGCGAAAAGUUAGGGAGCCCCCACAGAGCCAUAGGUCCACCACCGAUUUCCAGGAGGGUUAUUCCAGCAGGGGUUAGGCGCGGAGGCUCCAUCCAUUUCCAGGGCAACGGGACUGUGACGCGAACGCAGCCACUGGUCCGCCCUCGAGGGACUAGGCUGCAGCUUAGGAACGAAUUAAAUUAGCGAGAACUAGAGACUCCAAAGGCGGAAAAUCCGGCAACACCGCGGCCCUCCGGGUGUCUCCGCACGCACAGCUGCUUCCGGGCCUCUAGGGUUGCCCAGUUCUAGGCGCGACAACUUCCGGCCCCGAAGGUCCCCUGCUCCGUGGCUUGCCGGGGUCCUAGCGAUGGAAAGGUGGCCGCGGCGGCCGCCUGACCCCCCACGAAAGUCUGGGACAGGGCUGCUGCCUCUUCCUGAGAGGCGGAGGCGACAGGUGCGCUGAAAGAAUCCCCGCGCCGGCGGGACCUCGUUCCGGGAGGGGAGUUAGGCCGGAGCGAGGGGGUGGAGUGCAAAUCGGCAGCUGGCCUGUCAGGCGGGGGCCGGACAGUGGCGGUGGCGGAAGUGCGAGGACGCGGUCGGAGCGGAGCCGUCUAGGAAGCGGCAGCCGCGGGUCACCCAGCUCGGAGCAGCCGCCGAGCCUCGGCCAGACCACAGCGUUUAGGGCUCGGGCACCGGCAAGAUGUCUCUGUUCACUGCAAACCCCUUCGAGCAAGACGUGGAAAAAGCCACAAAUGAGUACAACACUACAGAAGAUUGGAGUCUUAUUAUGGACAUAUGUGACAAAGUUGGGAGCACUCCUAACGGAGCAAAAGAUUGCCUAAAAGCCAUAAUGAAAAGGGUAAAUCAUAAGGUUCCUCAUGUUGCUCUGCAGGCGUUAACUCUUCUUGGGGCUUGUGUGGCAAACUGUGGAAAGAUAUUUCAUUUAGAAGUAUGUUCCCGUGAUUUUGCAACAGAAGUACGUGCUGUGAUAAAAAAUAAGGCUCAUCCUAAAGUGUGUGAAAAACUGAAAUCUUUAAUGGUGGAGUGGUCAGAAGAAUUUCAGAAGGAUCCUCAGUUUAGUCUAAUAUCUGCAACUAUUAAAUCUAUGAAAGAAGAAGGAAUUACUUUUCCUCCAGCAGGUUCUCAGACUGUCUCAGCUGCUGCCAAGAAUGGUACAUCAUCGAACAAAAACAAAGAAGAUGAAGACAUAGCUAAAGCUAUUGAAUUAUCAUUACAAGAGCAGAAGCAGCAGCACACAGAAACAAAAUCCUUAUAUCCAUCUGCAGAAAUUCAGUUAAAUAAUAAAGUUGCAAGGAAAGUGAGAGCUUUAUACGAUUUUGAAGCCGUUGAGGACAAUGAACUUACUUUUAAACACGGUGAAAUUAUUAUUGUUUUGGAUGACAGUGAUGCCAAUUGGUGGAAAGGAGAAAAUCACAGAGGAACAGGACUUUUCCCAUCUAAUUUUGUAACAACUAAUUUAAACAUAGAGUCUGAGGCAGCAGCUGUGGACAAAUUGAAUGUAAUUGAUGAGGAGGAGGAGGAAAUUAAGAAAUCAGAGCCUGAGCCUGUUUAUAUAGAUGAGGAUAAGAUGGAUAGAGCCCUGCAGGUACUCCAGAGUAUAGAUCCAACAGAUUCAAAACCAGACUCCCAAGACCUCUUGGAUUUAGAAGAUAUCUGCCAACAGAUGGGUCCAAUGAUAGAUGAAAAACUUGAAGAGAUUGAUCGGAAGCAUUCAGAAUUGUCUGAAUUGAAUGUAAAAGUCUUGGAAGCCCUGGAACUAUAUAACAGGUUGGUGAAUGAAGCACCAGUAUAUCCAGUCUAUUCAAAGCUCCAUCCUCCAGCACAUUACCCACCUUCAUCAGCUGGGGUUCCAAUGCAGACAUACCCAGUUCAAUCGCAUGGUGGAAACUAUAUGGGUCAAAGCCUUCACCAAGUCACUGUGGCCCAAAGCUACAGCCUAGGACCAGAUCAGAUUGGUCCACUGAGAUCUCUGCCUCCAAAUGUAAAUUCCUCAGUGACAACACAGCCUGCACAGACUCCAUAUUUAAGCACUGGACAAGACACUGUUUCCAACCCUACUUACAUGAACCAGAACUCUAACCUUCAAUCAGCUGCUGGUACAGCUGCUUACACACAGCAGAUGGGGAUGUCUGUGGAUAUGUCAUCGUACCGGAACGCUACUUCCAAUUUGCCGCAACUGGCAGGCUUUCCGGUGGCGGCUCCCGCUCAUUCAGUUGCACAGCAGCAAACAAAUUACCAUCAGCAGCCUCUUCUUUAGAACAAAGCAAGCAUUUUCUCCAAAGCCUUCAUAUGUGUAUUACUUGACCCCAGUGAUUCAAAUCUGAAAAUACUUAAAAAAUAGUUUUUCUCAACUCAAAAGAACCAUGAAUAAGUAAAGCACAAAAACUUACCUUACUCUGCUAGGCCAUGAAAGGAUUUUUUCAGCCCAAUUUGUUUGAAGUCAACUUUUGAUGAGAGGCAGCUUCAGGUAGCUUCCAGUUAAUCCUGUCUUCCUUUCAGAUCUCUCUACACAAAUCUGGACACCCAAUCAGUAGCCUUAUGACACCGAACAGCAGGAGAUAAAAUUUUACUUUAAAGAAACCAUUAAUCUUUGAAAUGUCAUGAUAAUUGGGAGCGCACUCAAACCUUUGAAUAUUUUUUUUGUCUGCAUGUUUUUUCAGUAUUCCCCACAAACCAUUAUUUUAAAAGGCUAACUUCCUUUUGGGUGAGCAUUUAGCUUACCAACAUAUUUCCUUGGCUCCUUAAAUUGCGGUUGUGUUUGCAGUCCUGUCAGUUUUGCUCUCCGGUUAUGUUGAGUAAUAAUUAGCAUAUAAUUGUCGACAGAAGCAAGAGCAGUUUGGAAGGAACAAAGAUGUUUUCUGUAGUUAACAGUAAAGACCAUAUAAAUGCAGAUAUAUGAUAAAGCAUUUAGCUAGUCCCCAGUCCUGCCAGCAGUGAGCUAAGGAAUGCCCCAUUCCCUGCAGAUAAACAUUUCUUUUCUAACAAGGCUCCCUUGUACUUAGAAAUAAAUGCCACUAAUGACCUUUUAAAGUGACAUUGGCCAUCCUCUAAUAAGUGUGGUGUGUGCAGAGAUGCUGCAUUUUCUUUUUACGUAUUACAUGUGAAUUUGAGCCAUGACACAUUCCUAGUAAUUUGAUGUGAUAUAUCCCAAGCAUGAAUAAUAAGUGUUCUUAUUGCUGUGUUGUUUCUUUAAAGAGGCAAUUCAAGUACCAUUGCUAUGCCAGGCUGUUGAAAAAUUUGGCCAUUCCUUUCAGAGAUAAUUCUGAGCCUGUGGGAUAAUAGCAGGCAAUAGAUUGAUAGGGAAGCUAUCAAGACAGUUUUUCUGAAGCCUACAUUUUAUAAAUUAGUUUAUAGUGCUAAUAGAUUCCACAUACUGUAGGAGUUAGGUAGUAAACCAGUAGGGAAUGUUUUCUCCUAAAAAUUCAUACACUACUGCAUCAUCUACCACUUUUUAGACAAUGGAAUAGAAGAUGGUGAAUACAUAUGCUUACAGAUACUUGGUACUUAGACUGGGAAAACAAAGGACAGAAGUGGUUACUUGCCUGGAAGCAAGAUUUCUAAAUUGUUUUUUUAAAGAAAGCCCUUAAUCUUUCUGCCAAGGAUCCAUUUGAAGACAGUGUGCUGGAAAUUUUUAUCAUUUAUCUAUUUACAGAAAUUUAAUGAUAAGUAUGUUCUUUUUUCAAAGAAACUGUCCGAAAAUAAAAGUCUACAUACUACUUGGUCUACAUUUAAAGGAAAAAACAAGCAGUAUUUGAAAGCCUAAUUUCUGUCAUUGUCUCAUUUCAGAUAGAAGUAGCUGAAAAAGUUUUAACCUUGAGUAUGUCACGUUCUUUUUUUCAUCCAGUAUUUUUCUUCCAUGUGAAUUCGUUUAUACACUUAUAAAAAAACUUCUAAAAUGGCACCUUAUUUUUUUGGAAACGAAACUUCUAUUCUUUAAAGAAAAAACAUAAAAAGCAUUUACGAAGCUGCUCUUGAUAAUAGUUCAUGUUUGCAUAUAUAUCGAAAAUCUUAACGUUUUUUUCCUCCCAAACAGUAUUUAAUAAAGUUAUUUUAAUGUUUCUGUAAAUAUUUCAUGUAUAAUUGUGUUCUGAAUUGUAAAAGCUUAAUUCCGCUUAAGUCUUUGAACUAGGAGAAAUAUGGCACACCCACUAAAUUGGGAUCAGCCAAUUAAGUUCACCAAAUGUAGUUUUGGAAUAACAUAACAGGUGACAUGUAUAUAAAUACUGUAUAUUGGCAUUUAUCUGUGAAAUUUGAUACAUCCAGAAGUUUCUUCUCCCUCUUAAAUUAAAAACAAUUUUAUUUUGGCCAUACUGUAAUGAAUUUUGUGUUGCAGGUUGUUGAUAGUAUAAAAAUGUUACUAAAUCUGUGUACUAAGAUGAUAUUUUUGGUGUUAAUAGGAAAUAACAGGGUUAUUUUUCUUUCUUUUCCAUGAUCUUAUGGGUUAUAUUUAUUUUAAGAUCUCUUUAUAAUUAAAUGUUUUCUGCCAAAGGAAUUGUCUAAUACCAGAUUUCUACAUUGGGUUCAUACUUGCUGUUUUAUAAAAAAAUAAAAAACAACUUCUGCAUUUUCAUAUGAAAUCUUGGUACGUUAGAAAAAAUUUCUGAAAAUUUAUAAUAAAAUCACUUUUCAUCAAUGUAGAAUUUCCCUUGGGUGUUAAAAUAUAUGGAGUGGUGGGAUAUAUAAAAUAGUUUGGAAAAUGUACGGUCUACCAACAUUGUCUUGUAAUUUGGUAAUUUACAAAAUUACCUGAAUAUUAAAUAAUUACAAUAUUUAUCAAUUAGGAUUUUAAAUUAUUUGCAGGUACAUUGUCAUCUGAUUCUAUUUCAAGUAGUUGAUAACUUGACCACAUAACAAAUUUCACUACAUUUUGAAGAUGAUUAUGAAGUUUCACCUUCCAAAAUUUUUAAAAAUUUAUUUUGAAUAUUAAAAAUAUUAUGGCUUAGAUCUUUUAAAAAGUUUUCAUUGUAAAAAUCAUAAGUGUCUGGUCUCUUGACUUCUAGGAGAGGAUUUAUUGAACUGUUAUGAGAAAGCUCAAGUUAUUUUUGUAAGUAAUAAAUUAUAAAUAAUAGAGCACCAA